ACCAGUCAGGCGGCUUGUUCGCCGUCUAGUCGAGCCUGUCAACAACACUGCAACCUGAGACGGGAUAGCCAGUCAGUUGGCUAGCUAAGUAAACCAGCUAAGUUAGCCGCUCCGCUAGCCUCUCUAUUAACCAGUUGUCACGACUCGUAUUCACCCCGCUAACUUGGCUGGAUAAUAUCGCGUUUUAAAGUUGUUUCGACGAGAGGAGAGGGACCGCUGACUUUAUCUUUCGGCUUCUCCAAUGCCUUCCUCCUGUGUGAUAUGACAUCACGGUCUGGUUACAACAACAGCCUGAGCUCGACAGCAGACGGUUGACAUCUGGUCAGGUGCUGUAACAAAGGAUGGCUGCUCAGGUGGAGGUUCAAACAGGGGAGGUAGGGAGGCCAGUGGCAGGAGGACGACUUCAUCUGAGUCCUCUGACUGACUCCAGCAAUAAGAGCCUUAUCGAGAUCCCAUCUAUCAAUCAGUCACAUAUCAUCACACCAGAACCUAACAAACCUGUCCCAGGCCCCAAGCCCCGACUCACUCCCAAGCCUUUUUCUGUGGAGAAAAACCCCACUAUUAAACCCAUUCUUGCCCCUAAGCCUCAAACCAAACCCAGACCAGAGUCCACUCGUCUUGCUGGAUACAAACCUGAGCUUCCAAGCAGUCCAAAACCACCACAGCAAUCAGUUACCACCAGCAAACCCAGGCCAGUAUCAACCAACCCCAAUCGUCCUGCCCCUACCUCCUUUAAAACAUCUAAUAAGGUCAACACUGGACAAACAACCAAGCCAACAGUCCAUGCAUUUAAACCAGCGCCUCCACUCGACCCUGGAGAUCCCAGCAAACCCACUGCCUCUGUGCCAGCAGAGAGGCAGAAACCUGCUGCCUCAAGCUUGGCCUAUUCCAAGAGUCUUAAAAAACUUCCAUCUGCAGAGUGGUCUGGAACCACUAAAAAAGAAGAUGAGAAGGGCCACACAGCACAGAGUAAAGGUGGAACCUCCAUUACCAGAGCUAAGUCCAUGGGUUUUCUCGUUCAGGUAGGGCAGGAGGAAGAAGCAAAAGAAAAAGCUCUGCCUGAAGUUUCUGUGCCACUGCGACCCCAGCCCAGAGGCUCCAGGCCCAGACCCGUUUCAGCCAUUUUUCCUGGCAGUCCAACUAAAUCUGAAACACCAGUUUCGGCUCCUCGCUGGGCUGCGAGACGACCCCUUUCAGCUGAUCUCACAUCCAAGUUUGAGUCUAUUGGUCUUUCACUGCACCGUAAAAGUCCUAAAACAGAUACUAAAGAGAACACUCCAGAGGAGAAGGCACUGCCACAGAACAGAGAGCAAGAUAAAAACCCCAAGAGUACCUCACCACAAAGAACUGAUGGUGUUGCUGAUCCUGCCCUCCCAGACCAAAGCAACAAAAAGACAGAAGAAAUAGCUGUAAAAGAGACUGAUGAGGAUAAGCGUGGGGUCAGCAUCAAGUCGCGAAUCAGUCUUCUCUUCGAUUCGUCAUCCUUUCCUGGGCCAGGUGCUGCAGGCCAAGGGUCAGAUCCUCACUCUCCAGUGCAGCCGGUUCCUGAUACAGAAUCACCAGUGGGUGUUAAACGGCUCAUCAAGCAGCUAACAGAAGAUACAACGCCAACUCAGAGCCCUGUCCUAAAACCUGCACUGAAGCCCCGCCCUCUGCCCCUUGACCUAACUACAAGGUUUUCAUCCGAGAGGUCACCAGACCUUGUUUCCCUCACUGAGGCAGCAGACCGCCAUGAGAUCAGCAAAGAUCCUCAGAGGAGGGCUGAAGAUUCAGCUAUCACUCCUGAUGACCACAAGACAUUUUCGGAUUUAAAAGAUUCCCAAGAGCAGCUUAAAAAGGCCUCCACACCUGAAGAGCCUGAGGCAGGACAGACAUUUGGCACCACUUGCAAGGCAGGUGGCCCUGGUGUUGAAGUACAGACUGUGCGAGCAUCCUUGUUUGAAAAUGUUGUGGAGAAACACAGUGUGCUGGUGAUGGAUGAGGGCAACAAUGCCAAGGAUUCACUCAGCAGCCCGUCGUUUCAGAGAGCAGAUAUGGAGGAUGAGGGAACUCUGGUCACCGCCACCUACAAAGAGCCUCUAUCUCCGUCAAGUCCUCUGCGGGUGUUACAUGCCUUUGACACAGUGCAGGCAGUCGAAGAGAAUCGGGCAGUGAGUGAGAGCGUCCCAUCGGCUCUGUGGGAGGACAAGGCCAUGACACUCCGCUCCAGACGCUCAGAGGGGAGCAGGCCAGCGGCAGAGAGGGCUGGUCCGGCACAGGGACAACCAGCUUCGACAGUGACGCCAGAACGGCAGCCACGAUAUCUGAGAGUAGGAGGUUUGCAGAAGUGGACCGCAUCAAAUCUUGACCAGGAAGCAGGUUUAGACAAAGGGAUGCUAAAGGAAUCACAAAGGGAAGGAAAAGUGGAUUUAGAUAAAGACAAAGACAGGCAGGGAGUGGCAGAGCAGGAUGAAGUGGCUGCAGCCCCUAAACGUUUGAAAAUGCUGCAGACAGAAGAACAGCCAAAACCCAGGGCAACCUACUUUGCUUUGACUGGGCAAAUACAGGAGCCAGUGUCUCCUGGACAUGCAAGUACAAGCACUGUGGACAUGACUGUGCCCUUUGAUGAUUUUUCUGUGAGGUCAGCUCUGGGCAGCUCGCAAGGGAAGGUUCUUCCAAUGAGGAGGAAUACACCAUUAGAUGAAGCUUUUGGAAAAAGCCCUCAAGAUCAAGUUGAGGAGCUGAUGAUGAGGAGCCACAUGUCACCCAAAGAGAUCCGAUCAGCAUCGGACAGACAGGCAAAAGAUGAAAUGAUCGAAGCUGGAAAGAAAAGAGAACUCAAAAAGGAGACAGAAAGACAGAAAGCAAAAUUGAAAGAGCUGGAAAGGGAAAAACAAAAGCAGCUGGAAAUAGAGAAACAAGCACAUUUAGAAUUUGCACGAAUGAAGGAAAGGGAGAUGCAAAGAGAGUUUGAAAGGCAGCGACAGAAAGCGUUUGAAAAGGAGAAGCAAGAAUUUGAGGAAAAACAGCGUGCACUGGAAAGGCAGAAACAGGCUGAGCUUGAGAAAAAGAGAUUGCAAGAAUUGGAGAGGGAGAAACAGAAAGAACUUGAAAGGGAGAAGAAACAGCGUGCACUGGAAAGGCAAAAACAGAUUGAGCUCGAGAAACAGAAACAGAUUGAGCUCGAGAAACAGAAACAGAUAGAACUUGAGAAACAGAAACAGAUUGAGCUCGAGAAACAGAAACAGAUUGACCUCGAGAAACAGAAAUUGCAAGAAUUGGAGAGGGAGAAACAAAAAGAACUCGAAAAACAAUUUGAAAGAGAAAAACGCAGAGAACUUGAGAGACAGAGAGAGAUUGAAAAACAUAAACUGCAGGAAAUGGAGAGACAGCGUGAAAAGGAAAGGCAAAGACAGAGGGAAGAGGAGAGGCAGAGGGAGCUGGACAAGGAAAGACGCCUCCUGGAACUCCAAAAGGAGAAACAGAGAAUGGAGGAGCUGGAGAGAAUGAAAGAGCUGGAGAGACAACAGCUCGCUGAGUUUCAAAAACAGAAGCAGAUAGAAAAGGAGAGGCAGCAGCUCAUGGAGCUUGAAAAGCAGAGACUUAGAGAGAGGCUGGAGAGGGAACAGGUGGAGAAGAUAAAACAAAUGGCAUUAGAACAGGAAAUGUUAAGAAUAAAAGAGCUUGAUAAAGAGAGAGAAAGACAAAGGGAGUUGGAGAAGGAGCGUCAGAAAGAGAUUGAGAGGGAAAAGCAGAGGGAGCUAGAGAAACAGCGGCAGAGAGAUUUAGAGAGGGAGAGACAGAGAAAACUUGACAUUGAGAGACAGGAAUUAGAAAACCAGAGGCUGAGACAACAAGAACAGGAGAAGGAGAGACAGCGGAAGGAGGAUUUAGAGAGAAUGAAAGAGAUGGAGAGAAGGCAGCUCUUGGAAUUUGAAAAGCAGAGGGACAGACAACAAAUUCAGGAGCUUGAGAGACGCAGGCUGAAGGAGAAGAUGGAAAGGGAGGAGGCAGAGAAAAGGGAAGAGGCUGAGAAGAUGAGACACAUAGCCAAACAACAAGAAGCAGAGAGGCAGAGACUGAAAGAGAAGCAGAAGAAAGAGGAGCAGGAGAGGCUGCGGUUGGAGGCAUCAUCUCUGAGGCCUAAAGUUGUUGAUCUGGACUCUGUGCUCAGAAGUGACCCGAUAUCUAAGGCUCCUUCUCAUCGUAGCGAUGCUGCGACACGCUGGAAGGAGCCUUACAAACCCGCCAUUCUUGACAUCGACUCCUUCACAUCUCAAGCUCAGCUCACUCCUAGUAAAGACUUGUUUCCUCUGUCGAAUGUUCAGGGAUUAGAUGCUGAGCUUGGGACAAGGUUACAGCCCACACCUGAAAGAGAUGUUAGCUGGAACGUACCAGCGCAGACAUCAGUGGGUUUCUCAAGCCCAAUAUGGACAACAUCUUCUAUGGACCCAUGGGAGCUGCGGCCUGUUGAGAUGUCUGUAGACACACCUGUGACUGAACCCAGAAAAAAUGCCAACAAACUCAGCCUAGAACAGCUCCUCCUCAGGCAGGAGGAACGGCUCCCGUCUCCACAGAGACACAGGUCCGCUGUGGUGGAUGAUCCAUUCAAUAUGACCCCUUUUCAUGGGGCAGAGGCCAAAGCCGGGAACCCUGCCGGUGGACUCUCGAACAGCACUACUGCAGAGCAGAUCUGGUUUCCCAGAGAGCCACAGCCUCCAGACAACAGGGGACAGACCCAGAGCCACCGGAGAUCACAGGGAUCCCAGGAAUUGAACAGGAUGCGGUCUCGGAGUGUGUCGCGGCGAUCAGCACCUUCAAGCAGUGCUGUGGAAGUAAGCCUUUCCAGGAUGAGAAGCCGCAGCGCCCACCGAGAGCGGGACCGUCACAGCUGGGUGCAGCAGAAGCAAAGUGUCAGUGGUGAAGAGGAGGGAAAAGAGUCAGAAACACCAGUUCGUGAGACUGACAGUCAGUAUGGCACCUGGGAGACAGGGCUGCGCACUGAUGACAGCCUGACACCUGCCACACCCAGUUCAGACGGCACUCUCAGUCCUUCACCGAGGAAGCCCACUCCACCCCACACGCCAGGUGAUCAUGCCUCAGCGCUUGAAGGUGACGCUCUGGAUGGCCUCCCUCCCUCAUCCUCAUCUGAAAACCAGUCGCUCCCUUUCCCUGAUGCUCCAACCGCUCUAUUAGACACCAGUGCUCUCCGCUCCAGAGCCCAGCUUGGGAAGAAGCGAGCCCCGCGGACACGACCGACCAGGGCGGCCCGUCAGACUGCUGCACUGGCAGAGACAGGAGCCGCAGAGGACUGGCUUUAUCGAGACUCUACAGAGCCAAAGGCUGCAAGUAAAGACGAUGAGUCAGACUCUGAGGAGCAGCCCAGAGGAGCUGAUGCUAGCCCUGCUGUUGCCUCGCAGCCACAGAGGAUCGCCCUGUUCCCUGGUGUGGACCCUUCAGCUUUAAAGGCUCAGCUGAAAAAGAGGGGGGAUUCUGACAAUCAGAGUGAUGGACUUGCCCCCUCUCCUUCCCAGCCGUCUCGCUCUCCCAAGUCCCCCUUCCUCCCUCGGGCGGCGCGGGUGCUGCCCCCACCUGGCGGAAAAGAAAAUGGUGAGGAGGACUCACCACAGUGGCUGAAAGAGCUGAAGUCCAAGAAGCGCUUGAGUCAAUAUGAAAAUGAGAGCUAAGUAAACAAUGAGGUUGCCUUAACAGAUGAAACAGAAGCCUUAAUGUUUGACCCAGAGAGUAGGAGGGGGUGAACAGCUGCUGAUGUAUUUUUUUAUUUUUUUUUUCCAUUUGUUAUUUUCUUUUUUUUGUUCUCUUCCCAUCUGGGUCGAUAAAUGUGCAUGGUGCCUUUUUUUUAAUGGAGAGUCUCUAUCUUGUGGAAAAAGAAAAACAAGCUAAGAAGAAAAACAUCAGGCUGCUCUGCUUCAUCCAUUUCAUGCUUGAACUUAUGGAAGCUCUUCUGCAGCAGAAGGGACUUCAUAUCAAACACUUUAUUAGGGACCAGGAGAAAGUGGGGGAAAUGGAGAAAAAGGCAAUGAUCGGCAAUUAUUUCCUGCCAGGCUGCAUUUCAGGAAAUGGUUUAACUUGUGGGACCACGACGACACCUCUUUAUCCUGGACGUGCUUCAUCGCAUACUGGAGGACAAUCCAGUCAAUCCUUUACGAGAUGUAGUUUCUAAUAUGUAGAAGCUGGCUGCGUUUGCAUCGACUGUAUUUGUGUUAUCUGUGGAGGUUGUUGUAAGAAGUCACACAAGCAUUGCCAUAGGAUAACAUUUCAGACACUAAUGAUUUUUUGAAUAUAGAGAACAAAUUACCACUGACUUGAUUGUCAGUGGCAGCGUGUAUCAUGUUAGUAACUGUAAUCAGGAGAUGUUAUAUUUGUAUUAUCAUUGAUUUAACAAAGACAGAGAGCUAGUUUUGAAAGAAAAACAUUCAGAUACAGCACUACAAUAGAGGCUCCACAGCCUUUUACUUUGAUACACUCCUCAACCUAACAGUUGCUGCAUACUGUAUAUCUUUUUGUCUGAUUAUCUGUUUGUCUUUGUGGAAGAGGGGAACUUUUUGGACACUGCAUCCUGUCAAUCAUGCACACUCCUAAUCAGCACAAAAACGCUCCUCAAUCUUGUAUGAAAACACUACCCCGACUGUCUUUCCUCCUUUGAAUAGAUUAAGUAAUUGUAGUAUCCAAUAUAAGCCAUACUUUCACCUUGCAGCCCUCACACACUCCUCAAUCAUGUUUUGACAAUGUUUUUCCAAUGAAUGUGCAAUUUUCUCUCUAUUUUGUCCCCAUUAUACAUGCAUGCACAAUCUUCGCUGUCACAUCAGGCUCGGUUGGGCUCAGCGCAGCGGGGUGUUGGCUCACACUACUCCAGCGGAGGGACGGUUCAUUCACUACACUCUUCAUCAAAUUAAUUCUAAACAAAUGUGAACAUUUGCACCUUGCCUACAGCUCAACUGAGUCUUCCUCCUCACGUUUGCCAUCCACCCACUUAACUCUGCGCUUUUAUAAAGCACUUUGUCACUUGAUGCACUACAGCACUGACCUCUGCCCCCUCUGGUUGGCCAUGUGUCGUCUUCUGUAUCGUCGGCCUGCUAAUGCAAUGCAAGUGAAUGUGUUAAUCGAGGCUUCGGAGUGACUGUCCCUGGUUUCUGUGUACAUGGACGUUUUACUUUGUCAUAAAAUUGAGGGUUUAUUUUUUAUGUCCUACUUUGUCCUUUUUUUUUUUAUUUGAAAGUAAAGAUGUAUAUUGCACUGUGUUGUACUGGCCAGUGUCCUAAAGUGAAUAAAUUCUUAAUAAAAUUUACUUGACUUGA